UGAAGAUCGAAGAGACAUUCUCAAUCAAACAGGAAGAUCUGCAGGAACAAACAGACCUGAUGGUGUUGAAAGAAGAGACUCAUCAACUGAAUGUAAUGGAAGAGAAACAGCAGUUUGAGAAACACCAAGUAAUAACGACUGAUGAAAAACCCAAACUGACUGAAAAGACUUCAUCACGUGGAAGACCUCAAAAAUCCAAGUCUAUGAGUAAUUACAGCUGUACACGGUGUAGAAAGAGUUUCAGUAAAAAGUCAAACCUUGAUAUUCACAUGAGAGUUCACACUAAAGAGAAACCUUACACCUGCAAACAGUGUGGAAAGAGGUUUGGUUAUAUACAAGGCUUUGAAAACCACAUGAGAAUUCACACUGGAGAGAGGCCGUACACAUGCCAACAGUGUGGAAAAAGCUUCUAUCAUGCAGGAAAUUUUGCAGCGCACCAGAGAAUUCACACUGGGGAGAGGAAGUAUACAUGCCAACAUUGUGGAAAAAGCUUCUCUAAAACAGGAAACUUGGCAGUACACAUGAGAAUUCACACUGGGGAGAAGCCUUACUCUUGCUCUCAGUGUGGAAAGAGUUUUAAGCAAAAUGUCACCCUUAAAAUCCACAUGAGAACUCACAAUGAAGAAAGAAUUUUUACCUGCACACAGUGUGGGAAAAGUAUUUCUCAAAAGCACUACCUUGACAUCCACAUGAGGAUUCACACUGGAGAGAACCCUUACACAUGUACAGAGUGUGGUAAAAGUUUCCCAUAUAAAGGCUCACUCAAACACCACAUGAUAAGUCACACCGAAGAGAAGCCGUUUGCAUGUGCUCAGUGUGGAAAGAGCUUCACAACCAAAGCUAGCUUCAUGAACCACAUGAGGGUCCACAAUAGGGAGAAACUAUUCACAUGCACUCAGUGUGGGAAGAAUUUCAACCAAUCAUCACACCUUAAUCAACACAUGAGGAUCCACACUGGAGAGAAACCAUUCACAUGCACCCAGUGUGGGAAGAGUUUCAGCUACUCAGCAAACCUUAAUCAACACAUGAGGAUCCACACUGGAGAGAAACCAUUCACAUGCACCCAGUGUGGGAAGAGUUUCAGCAACUCAGCAAACCUUAAUCAACACAUGAGGAUUCACACUGGAGAGAAACCAUUCACAUGUACUCAGUGUGGGAAGAGUUUCAGCCAAUCAUCAUACCUUAAUCAACACAUGAGGAUCCACACUGGAGAGAAACCAUUCACAUGCAGUCAGUGUGGAAAGAGUUUCAGCCAAUCACCAUACCUUAAUCAACACAUGAGGAUCCACACUGGAGAGAAACCAUUCACAUGCAGUCAGUGUGGGAAGAGUUUCAGCCAAUCAUCAUCCCUUUAUCUACACAUGAGGAUACACACUGGAGAGAAACCAUUCACAUGUACUCAGUGUGGUAAGAGUUUCAGCAAAUCAUCAAACCUUAAUAUACACAUGAGGAACCACACUGGAGAGAAACCAUUCACAUGCCUUCAGUGUGGGAAGAGUUUUAGCCAAUCAACAUCCCUUAAUCUACACAUGAGGAUACACACUGGAGAGAAACCAUUCACAUGUACUCAGUGUGGUAAGAGUUUCAGCCAAUCAUCAAACCCUAAUAUACACAUGAGGAACCACAUUGGAGAGAAACCAUUCACAUGCACUCAGUGUGAGAAGAGUUUUAGCCAAGCUGCAGAAUUGAAACGCCACCAGAGGGUUCACACUGGAGAAAAACCGUACAAGUGUUCACAGUGCAGUAAGAGGUUUGCUCACUCAGGAACCCUGAAAACACAUGAGAGGAUUCACACUGGAGAGAAACUGUAGACAUGAUCAGUGUGUACAAAGUUUCACUUAAUCAGGGCAGCUUAAGAAACACAUGGGAUGGUUUCUGGUAAGGCGCCGACACAUGUAGCAGCAUAGAAAGAGCGCUUCCAUACACACUGGUAUUAAUCCUCCUUUUUACAUCAUAUAUAAUAACCUAAACCAUAUUUAAAUGACAUGGAGGAGGGACAAAAACAAAAAGGCUAGGACAAAACAAUCAGUUAAUCCUGAAAAAAAUGAGAAAUCAACAGAUGAAAAAUCCAAGACGGACGGGAUAGCUGAUAGCCUGUCACCUAUCAUUGCAGCAAUAUUUACAGACAUCAAAGCUUUCCAGAAGAAUAUUAAAUCUGAUUUAACCGCCUUCCAAGAUUCUCUCGCAAAAGAUGUGAAAAUGGAAUUAAGUAACUGUAAACAAGAAGUCAAUCAACAACUGGAUGACCUUAUCACGGACCUAAAUGCAACGACAGAAAAGGUCAACGAAGUGGAGCAGCGAGUUGGAGAAUUUUGGAGGAGAACAUUGCAGAGAUGAAAGAAAUGCUCAAUCAAUCCAUUCAAAUACAAGAAAAUUUAAAAGAGAAACUGUGAGAUAUAGAAAAACGCUCCCGUAGAAAUAAUAAUCAGAUUUUUGGAAUCCCGGAAGGAAGCAUUCUGAAUGAAAAGGGAAUUAAGUUCUAAACACCACCGCCGGCAAGACUUAAAAUCUUUUUGGAAAACAAAGGACCUGGUCCUCCGCUUUGCAUGGAGAAAAAAAGUAAUACACUGAAAUAAAAAAAGAGUUUUCUUUGACCAAGACUACCCACCUGAGAUCCAACAGAAAAGACGGGCUUUUGCUCCGAAAAGAAAAAUUCUGAAUGAAAAGGGGAUUAAGUUCCAAACACCGAAUCUUUCUGGAAAGCAGGGCGGUCAUGUACAAUUUGAUGACGGAGGCAUCAAGAGAAAGUCUGAAAGAAAAAGGACUGAUAAACAGCGAAGAAGAAACUAUUAUAGGAAUCCCUGGGAAAGAGAAACAAAGACCUUGGCAAAAGGUUGGAGUGACAU